AUGCCGGGAAUUUUACCAAUGAAAGUCAUCAAGAUCGGGACGAAUGCGCAGACCAGAAUAGCACAGGCUUGUGAUCGAUGCCGGAGCAAGAAGAUCCGCUGCGAUGGCAUCCGUCCAUGCUGCUCGCAGUGCGCCAACGUCGGGUUCGAAUGCAAGACGAGCGACAAGCUGAGUCGAAGGGCGUUUCCGAGAGGGUACACAGAGUCGUUGGAAGAGCGAGUGCGUGUGUUGGAGAGUGAAGUGCGAGAUUUGAAAGAGCUGCUGGACGAAAAGGAUGAGAAGAUCGAUAUGCUUUCGCGCCUGCAUUCGCAGUCGACGCAUCCGAUACAGCUGCCGUCACCUCGACGGCCGUCGACGGUGUCGUUGGAAAGUCCGGGCAAGGCUGACUCGCCGCCUAAAGACGACGUUUUCAAGGUUCAACAGUCGCCCUAUCUACUGGACGAUGAAGGAUCGGAUUCGUACUUUGCUGGAACGUCGAGCAGCCGCACGUUCAUCGAGGCCUUCAAGCACCGAGUGCAGGAGAGUGGACGCUCGACGGAUGAUAUCGAUACCGGAUCACUGCUCGUGUGCAGCACCCGAAAAGGUCAUGAGCAUUCUGGAGCGUCGACACCAAAAUCACACCAGGUGUACAAGGCGCCUCCGAGACUCCUGUCCGACCAGUUGAUCACCAUCUUCUUCCAGGAGUGGGCGCCAUUAUUUCCCGUCCUGCAUCGUCCGACGUUCCUGACGUUGUACGAGCGAUACGUUAGCGACUAUGACUCCGUUACCGACAAAGCGGAAAUCGCGCAAUUGAACCUGGUCUUCGGUAUCGCGGCCCUGUCGAGUGGUACACGAUCCUCGGCUGAGCUGGAGAGCUUCGAGGGGCAAUGGAAGGCUGCGAUUGACUCCAUCAUCACGGACAACUCCAUGGUUACGCUGCAGGCGUUGAUCUUGGCUCAGUUGUUCUGUGUCCAGCAAGGUGACUUCACAAGGCUGCAGACUUAUAAGGGUCUGUCCACGUCGCUGUCGGCACGUUUGGGUCUUCAUCAAUCGCAGAAGCGGUUUGCUCUUGGUACUCUCACUUGCGAGACGAGGAAGAAGGUCUUCUGGACGCUCUAUACGGUCGACAGCUUCACUGCCGUCGUCCUUGGCCUGCCAAAGCAUCUCAAAGACGAAGAUGUCCACUGCGAGUAUCCCGUCGACGCCGAUGAUGAGUAUGUCACCGAGAAAGGCUUCACGCCUACUUUACCAGGAGAGUCGACCAAGUUGUCAAGCGCCCUGGCUCUGUUCCGUGCGGCUCGCAUUCUCUCCAAGAUCUUACUUGAAGUCUUCCCUGCAAAGACCUCGUACGACCUGUCGUUGAAGAAGCUUGGUGAGCUUGCAGAUGAACUCGAUGGGUGGAGCAACUCCUUGCCGUCGCAUCUUCGCCUGCAGUUUGCGCAGGACAAACCAAGCACAGGCACCAUCUCAAGCCGCUCGCCUCUACUGUCGUUGACUUACCACUACAUCCGAGCACUGAUCCAGCGACCUGCCAUAUGUGCCUCGCUUGGAGCCAGGUCAUCGUCAAUGAUGAUGGCGAUGGCUGGCUCAUGCAAGCAUAUGAUCCAGAUUGUUCAGCUGCUGGAUGAAAGAGGGCUGAGCUUCUCGUUCUGCCUCCACCGUGAUGAGAUCCUCGUCCUCUCCGGGUUUGGUCUGCUGUUCCAAGGAUUAGGACUUGAACCAAAUUCCAAGAUCUUGAAGGACAACAGCAAGAUGAUCUCGGCCGUUAUUGACGUGCUCAAGAAAACGAAUGCACCUUGCGCGGACGAAUUUGAGCGGGUGGCUACAUCGUUCGUUACUAAAGUGCCUGCAACUCCGCCCGUAUCGAAGACAAAGGUCCCUACACUGUCUCGCCAUAACUCGGACGGCGCUCAAUCGACGCAUAGUGAGAGCAGCGAGAGCUUGCACUCCUCUACCAAGAGACAACUCAAGGCCAUCGCCUCUCGCUUCACAGCGGGCAACAGCACCCGAACUCCAAAGCUGGACGUCACGGACAACAGCAGAAGACACACGGCUCACAACAUCAGCCUACACCCACACGGUGUGCAGACUCAGAGCCAGCCAUCUCUGCAACCGUCCACGUCCUAUGAGCCAACUGCCACCUCCCGCUCCGAGCCAGCGAGAAGCCCGGUGAACAUGUACUCCCGCCCCAACUCGACAGCCGCUGGCAAACCUUCAGCGCCCCCACAAGCAAAGCUGCAGCCCAAGCAAAGGCCCCAGCAGCGAAAGAACUUCAACCUGGACUACCUCUCCUUCGGCACCGACAGCGCAACAGACACCCCACCCAACGGCCGCGCCUCCCAACCGAUCAAGACCGAACCCGGCCCAACCGACUGGGAGAAACUGCUCGGCUCCCUCGACAACGGCGAUACGAACAUCUACGACGGCAUCUACGGCGGUCCAGCUGUCGAUGCCCUCCUCGACGUGCCCUCGCUAGGGAUCCACCAUAGCAACCACUCCGCCACGGGCAUCACAACCACCGCGGACAGCUCUUCCCUCGCUUGGAACGCCGACCUCUGGGCGCUCUGCCAGACGGACACGAAUAGUUCCACGUCGGCCGUGAAUUCGGCCAGCACUGGACCGCCCGCUAGCGUCCUCUCCUUCUCGACGGACGAGGGUGGUCUAAGUGGUUCAGAGGACUUUUCUGCGGAUUGGAUCGGUGCGGGCAGUGGUAGUACCAGUGCGGGCGACUCGUACAAGGGAAUCGUCAUGCCGCAUGGGGAUGAGAUUGCUUUUGGGAGUUGGUGGGAGUGA